AUGGCUGACGAUAAGGAAAUUUCUGCACCUGUUGUAGACGGUAGUGAUCCAACUGGCCACAUCAUCUCCACAACCAUCGGAGGGAAAAAUGGAGAACCAAAACAGACCAUUAGUUACAUGGCAGAGCGUGUCGUGGGAACUGGCUCUUUUGGAAUUGUUUUCCAGGCAAAAUGCUUGGAAAGUGGUGAGACUGUGGCUAUAAAGAAGGUUUUGCAGGACAGAAGAUAUAAGAACAGGGAACUUCAAUUGAUGCGUGUGAUGGACCAUCCAAAUGUGGUUUCUUUGAAGCAUUGUUUCUUUUCCACAACGAGUAGAAAUGAGCUCUUUCUCAACCUGGUUAUGGAAUAUGUCCCGGAGACUAUGUACCGGGUUUUGAAGCAUUACAGCAAUGCAAACCAGAGAAUGCCACUAAUCUAUGUCAAACUCUACACGUACCAGAUUUUUAGAGCGCUGGCCUAUAUACACACCGUUCCUGGAGUUUGCCAUAGAGAUUUGAAGCCUCCAAAUCUUUUGGUUGAUCCUCUUACUCACCAGGUUAAGCUUUGUGAUUUUGGAAGUGCAAAAGUGCUGGUGAAAGGUGAAGCAAACAUAUCUUACAUAUGUUCACGUUUCUAUCGGGCUCCAGAACUUAUAUUUGGUGCCACGGAUUAUACAACCUCAAUUGAUAUCUGGUCAGCUGGUUGUGUCCUAGCAGAGCUUCUUUUGGGCCAGCCGCUGUUUCCUGGAGAAAAUGCUGUGGACCAGCUUGUUGAGAUCAUCAAGGUUCUUGGCACGCCAACACGUGAAGAAAUUCGUUGUAUGAAUCCAAACUAUACUGAUUUUAGGUUUCCACAGAUAAAAGCACACCCUUGGCACAAGGUUUUCCACAAAAGGAUGCCUCCAGAAGCAAUUGAUUUGGCUUCACGACUUCUGCAAUACUCACCAAGUCUUCGUUGCACAGCUCUAGAAGCAUGUGCACAUCCUUUCUUUGAUGAACUUCGUGAGCCCAAUGCUCGCCUACCGAAUGGUCGUCCGUUUCCACCUCUCUUUAAUUUCAAACAGGAUUUGUCCGGAGCCUCUCCAGAGCUAAUCAAUAGGUUGAUACCUGAGCAUGUGAAACGCCAGAUGGGUCUAAAUUUCUUGCAUCCAGCCGGCACAUAA